AUGGAAGACCACAUUCCAACAGAGGAGCUCGCGUCUGAAUACGCCGCAGCAGCAGACUACGAAGACCAAGCGGUAGCGACACUUGCACGUCUACAGUGCCGAAUCGAGGACAUCAACAACGCGCAGAGAGCCGUCGACGCUGGAAAUCCAGCAAGUACCGUCCAUGCUCCUACGAAUGUCGGCAAUGCACAUAUUGGACCCCGCCUACCUCGACUGGAGAUCAAGCCUUUUAACGGAAACAUACGGGAGUGGACGGCUUUCUGGGAGCAGUUUGAAGGCACCGUGCAUUCAAAUGCGACACUAAGCGAGACGGACAAGUUCCAUUACCUUCGGAAUUACCUGAGAGGAGAAGCUGCUGCAGCAAUCGCUGGAUUUGCGACUACAAGCGCAUGCUACGGAAAUGCAGUUCAGCUACUAAAAGACAGAUAUGGGGAUAAACGGCAAAUAGAGCAACAUCACCUACGAGCCUUGAGAGACAUUCGAUGCGUGAGACUGGCGUCUGACGUACAACAGCUGCGCACUCUAUACGACCAAGUCCAGAUGAACAUGCGUGGUCUCGACGCUCUCGGGGUGCCGACAAGCAGCUUUUCUGCGAUGCUCUAUGACAUUCUACUGAAAGCACUGCCGCAAGAGACCAGCGCCGUAUAA